CAGUCUGGUUUGAAUCGGUUGUCAGAAUUACAUUUGAAAACUUUUCGUUCCUCAACAAGUUAAAUGAUCUGCUCUCAAUGUGCUCUAAAUGCGAUUAAGCAAUCUGCUUUGGAUUGUCGCACUGAUUAUCGUCUUACGAUCGGGCAAAACUCGUCAACAUCCCAAGAAGUUUGGAAAACGUGAAGCAAGGCGCUUCAGCCGUGACUACGAAUAUAUCGACUCCAGUGCAGAUGACCAAUUGAAACGCCUGAGCCAGUACAACAGUAAGAAUGGCGAUGCUGCGCAGGACGAGACGCUUCAGGAUCGUCCCUCGUGCGCUACAGUGCCUCAGCCUAACCUGCAACCCGUCCGCGCUUCCCCUGUGACGCCCAUUCCCACAACCUGCCUAACAGCCUAUCCGACCACCCAAAAUCCUAAAACCCAUUGCAAUAUUUUGCAGCAGCUAAACCAGAAUUUGGGCCAGCAGUACCAGCACCAGCAGCAGCACCAGUUCCAGCAGCAGCAGCAUCAAUAUGCACCAAAGCAACAGUAUACGCAGCCGCAACAACAAUUUCCAGAUCAACAACAGAAGCAGCAGCAGCUGCCGUACGACUUGGACGAUUCUGAACUGCGGGGCAAGGAGUUGCGCAAGCUGGUGCAACAUCUGUAUGUGGCACAGGCGCGCGUCCAGCUGGAGGCAACUGAGAUCCACAAGGCGCAAGCAGUGGCGAGAUCGGCGCAGUCGCAGCUUGAAGAUUCAGCCAAUCAUGUUCGCACCAUUACGGCGACACUGCACAACGCACAGCAAGAGGUGGCUGCAGCAGCAAUACGUGCUCAGAUCGCGCAGCUGCAGUUGGCUGCCCAUGAUCAGUUGCUGUUUGCAGCUCGGCAGGAUGUGGAUGCGCUUUCCUCUCAAGUGGUUGGCCUGCAGGCGGCCGAGGGCAUUGUGCAGCCUAAGCUAACGGUCGACUUGCAUGCACUGCUCGAUAAGCUGCGACAGCCGCUGCAAAGCUUCGAUCGACCCACGCCGGUGCCCAUGAUUAUCACCUUGCCUCCGUUUAACGAAGCUCCACUUGCCCCUGCACGGCAAAGGUUUCACACUGACCUAGGCAUGGGCCUAGGGACUGGUACUAGCGCUGGCAUUGGGUCUGAUAUUCGUGGAGACGGCAAAAGCCAGGACCUCAUGAUGAUGAAGGUUGCUCAACGCAUACCCUAUGCGUAGUUGAGGCACACAUCUAAUUAUGUCUAUCUCCACAUAGCUUUAUAUAUUUUAUAUGAUUAUGCCAGUUUAGACACAUUUCCUACAAGUACAUAUCUGUGUGUGUUUCUCUUCUGUUUGUGACUUUAUGUUGGGUAGAUGAUGAAUCGAUUGAAUGCGUAUUAAAAGCAGCUGCAGCAAAUACUUAUAGAUAUAGAAGGCAAAAAAAAGGAUUUUAGUAUAGA